UCUAUCGAAAUAUACAUAUUUUUAGUUAUUAUCAAAGUAAUUGUUCUUUCUUCGGCCGCAUUAUCUCGCCGUCGCCGACAAGCUCCCUCUGGUUCGCUUCGUCUCUCUCAGGUUGAUUCGUACAGAACAACACCAUGGAUAGGUUAGAACCCGACAAGGAGACUCGCGGGGGAUUAUAUGUUCCGGUGAAGGAUAAGGUCAUUUUUACAGCCCCCGAGCGAAAAUCUCGGCUAGGAUUGGAUGUACUGGCCAAUGAGAAAAGGGGGAGUGUCAAGUCCGAGGGAGGGUUUAAGGUGCCGAAGGAAAGGGUAAUAUCUGUUGCGUCUUCUUUGGAUGAAGAAGAGAAAUUUGAAAUAGCCGGAUCAAUUGAUGGAGCAAAACCAACUUCUGGGGACCAUUCCAGCAGGCGUUAUCGAGAGAAGCCUUCAACCUCUGAAAUUGCAGCAGAAAGUCCAAUGAAUGCAGAGGCAGCGGCUUUAGAUAUCUCAACUUCCCAUCCCAAGAGUGAGUUGACUACUUCAUCUAGCACUCCCAGAUAUGAGAGAGAUGGUAGUGUUAGACAUCGAAAGGAGCAUAGGGAUGAUAAUAGAAGUGAAAUCCCACGGCCAAGGCGGAGAAACACUCAGGAUGAGAUGGACCGUUACCGUGGGAGGGAUUCCUAUCGUCGAUACGAUCAAGACUAUUAUGGAGAUAAGCGUAGAAGACAUAGUAGUUCAAGGAGAACACCUGGUAGGUCAGAUUGGGAUGAUGGGAAAUGGGAAUGGGAAGAUAGUCCAUAUAGAGAGAGUGAAUCUAGUUACAACAAGCGUCAUCAACCUUCUCCAUCACCCAUGUUGGCUGCCGCUUCACCAGAUGCUCGUUUAGCCUCACCGUGGUUGGCUACACCCCGAUCGACUGUUGCGUCUGUUUCUCCAUGGGACAUUGGUGCACCUUCUCCUAUUCCAAUUCGAGCUUCUGGGCCCUCCGUUAGAUACUCAAGUUCUAGAUAUGGUGGAAGAUCGCAACAAGCUGCUUUCUCUAGGGAGGGCGGACUGCCAGUUGAGCAUUCGGACGAGGAUAGAUCACACACAACUGAAUAUCAUAAUCCUGAGAUCACAGAGGCAAUGCGUUUGGAGAUGGAGUAUAAUUCAGAUCGUGCAUGGUAUGAUAGAGAAGAAGGGAAUACGAUGUUUGAUGGAGAUAGUUCAUCUGUUUUCCUUGGUGACGAAGCUUCUUUCCAGAAGAAGGAAGCUGAGCUGGCAAAGAGACUGAUUAGAAAGGAUGGUAGCAGAAUGUCCCUUGCCCAAAGUAAAAAAUUUUCUCAACGUAAUGCUGACAAUGCUCAAUGGGAGGACCGACAGCUUCUCAGAUCUGGAGCUGUUAGAGGCACAGAGGUGCAGACUGAGUUUGAUAAUGAAGAUGAACGGAAAGUUCUUCUUCUAGUUCAUGAUACAAAGCCUCCGUUCCUUGAUGGAAGAGUCGUUUUCACUAAACAAGCAGAACCAGUAAUGCCUAUAAAAGAUCCUACAUCUGACAUGGCUAUAAUUUCGAGAAAAGGAUCUGUUCUUGUUAGAGAAAUUCGCGAGAAACAAACAAUGCAUAAAUCACGACAGCGCUUCUGGGAGCUUGCUGGUUCUAAACUUGGUGAUAUUCUUGGUGUUGAGAAAACGGCUGAACAGAUUGAUGCUGAUACUUCUGUCAUUGGCGAAGAUGGUGAAGUUGACUUUAAAGACGAGGCCAAAUUUGCCAAACAUAUGAAGAAGGGAGAAGCUGUGAGCGACUUUGCUAAGUCGAAGACCAUGGCAGAGCAACGACAAUACCUUCCCAUAUUUUCUGUUAGAGAUGAACUAUUGCAGGUAGUAAGAGAAAACCAGGUGAUAGUGGUGGUUGGUGAAACUGGUUCAGGAAAAACUACUCAGCUUACACAGUAUCUCCAUGAGGAUGGAUACACAGUUAAUGGUGUAGUAGGUUGCACCCAGCCAAGGCGUGUGGCAGCCAUGAGUGUUGCAAAAAGAGUUAGCGAAGAGAUGGAAACAGAUUUGGGUGAUAAGGUGGGAUAUGCAAUUCGUUUCGAAGAUGAAACUGGUCCAAACACAAUUAUUAAAUAUAUGACUGAUGGAGUACUACUGCGAGAGACUCUCAAAGAUCCUGAUUUGGACAAGUAUCGCAUCAUAGUAAUGGAUGAAGCCCACGAGCGAUCGCUCAACACUGAUGUUCUUUUUGGAAUUCUGAAGAAAGUUGUUGCUCGUCGUCGUGAUUUCAAGCUCAUAGUGACGUCGGCUACCCUUAAUGCACAGAAGUUUUCCAACUUCUUCGGGAGUGUUCCUAUAUUCCACAUUCCUGGGAGGACAUUUCCUGUCAACAUCCUGUAUUCUAAAAGUCCUUGUGAGGAUUAUGUUGAAGCUGCAGUCAAACAAACCAUGACAAUUCACAUUACAAGUCCACCUGGUGACAUUCUCAUAUUUAUGACCGGGCAAGAUGAGAUUGAAGCAGCGUGCUUUUCUCUUGCUGAGAGAAUGGAACAACUUAUCUCAUCCUCUAGCAGAGAAGUUCCGAAACUAUUGAUUCUGCCGAUUUACUCUCAGCUGCCCGCUGAUUUGCAAGCAAAAAUAUUCGAGAAAGCGGAAGACGGGGCUCGUAAAUGCAUCGUUGCAACAAAUAUUGCUGAAACUUCAUUGACAGUUGAUGGAAUAUAUUAUGUUAUUGACACAGGAUAUGGAAAGAUGAAGGUCUUCAAUCCUAGAAUGGGUAUGGAUGCUUUACAGGUUUUCCCGAUCAGUCGUGCUGCAGCUGAUCAGCGUGCAGGAAGAGCUGGUAGAACAGGGCCUGGUACAUGUUACAGGCUAUAUACUGAGAGUGCCUACUUGAAUGAGAUGUUGCCUAGUCCGGUGCCCGAGAUCCAGCGGACAAAUCUGGGAAACGUUGUAUUGCUGUUGAAAUCCCUAAAAGUGGACAACUUGCUAGAUUUUGAUUUUAUGGACCCACCUCCUCAAGAGAACAUUCUUAAUUCAAUGUAUCAGCUGUGGGUGUUGGGUGCUCUGAACAAUGUUGGAGGAUUAACAGAUCUUGGAUGGAAGAUGGUAGAGUUUCCGUUGGACCCACCGCUUGCGAAGAUGCUGUUAAUGGGUGACCAGCUGGGCUGCAUAGAUGAAGUUUUGACGAUUGUGUCUAUGCUCUCAGUGCCUUCUGUGUUCUUCAGGCCUAAAGACAGAGCACAGGAGAGUGAUGAGGCUAGGGAAAAGUUUGCCGUGCCGGAGUCUGAUCAUCUGACACUUUUGAACGUCUACAAGCAGUGGAAAGAGCAUGAUUAUCGAGGAGAUUGGUGUAAUGACCAUUUCUUGCAGGUCAAAGGGCUGAAAAAGGCGAGAGAAGUGAGAGCCCAGCUUCUGGAUAUCCUCAAGCAAUUGAAAAUCCCGCUGAAGUCGUGCGGUGGAGACGAGGAUAUUAUAAGAAAAGCCAUAUGCUCAGCGUAUUUCCACAAUGCUGCGAAAGCAAAGGGAGUGGGUGAGUAUGUCAACUGUAGAACAGGAAUGCCCUGCCAUUUACAUCCAAGCAGCGCCCUGUAUAAUUCGGGUGUACUUCCAGACUACCUGGUCUAUCACGAGUUACUGUUGACAACAAAGGAAUACAUGCAGUGCGUCACUGCAGUAGAGGCGCAAUGGCUCGCUGAGAUGGGGCCUAUGUUCUUUUCCGUGAAGGAUUCGGACACGUCUUUGUUGGAGCAUAAGAAGAAGCAGAAAGAGGAGAAAACGGCCAUGGAGGAAGAAAUGGAGAAUCUGAGGAGGGAACAAGCCGAGUCGGAGCGUAGAAGCAAAGAGAGAGAGAAGGAGAAACGGGCAAAGCAGCAGCAACAGAUCUCAGGUCCGGGGUUGAAGAAAGGCGGUACCUAUGUCCGGCCUAAGAGAUUUGGACUGUGAAUUAGUCUCUAUCGGUAUUCUUCCUCAGCCAAAGAGAGAGAUAGAGACUGAAACAGGCGAGAGAGAGAAAUUCCUCCUUGUUUAGACACUUCCUGUCCUGCUGAUAUUUGCUGAGAGAGAAUCACAGGCAUGUUUGGUUCCCCUUUUAACUUGUUUCUUUCUUAUGAGAAAGCUUCAUAAAGUACCACUGUUGGCUGUAAUUUGACGUGGUUGGUAAUGAUGAUGAGAGAGAGGUGAUAUGGGAUGAAGUUGGGAGGAGA